AAGUGCGUAAAAUGCAGCUUACGGCAUUUGUUUUAGCCACAAACGUUUGCAUGGAAAUGAACAACGAGCAAAAACGGUAGACAAGGAACAUUGUUACAAUACACUUCAGUCUAAACACGCUACCGCUCUUUUGUUCGGCGCACCGUGAAUUACAGCUGCGAGAAGUCUCGAGAUUUAUCGUUCUACCAACGGAGUUAUGAUUAUUGGCGGCUGGUUUGUGGAUCAACGUACUUCCUGUGGGGAAAAUCAAUAAGCGGGAAUCAUGGGGAUAACAAACAGGAGAGCCAACGCAACAGAUCAGUCGGUUGCUCAGUCUUCAAGUGCCGACGUUGGAUCGGCAAGCUGUCAUACUGCACCAUACCUGAGAACCAUGAAUACCAUGCACAGUUUUAUGGGAUUUUUUACGGCUUUGUUGGUAGUUUACGGAAUGGCUCAUUCCUAUAUGUCUUCCGUGUUGCCAUCCAUCGAAAAACGCUUCGGCUUUUCAUCAGCCACAAUGGGCAUAAUACUGGCCAUUAACGACAUUGGAAUAGUCCUGACUUCACUGGUCACCGCGCAUUUUGGAGGCAAGGGACACCGGCCGCGGGGGAUAUUUAUUGGCGGGUGUUGUUGUGGGUUGGCGCUGCUGCUUUUUGCCGCACCGGAGAUAUUUUUCCCCGUUGAUCCCAAUUCCUUUCUUGGCAACCUGAUAGCGGACACCAGUAAGGACGUCUUGUGCGACCCCGGCCAAAGCAGCCCUGUGACGCAUAACGAAACACUGUGCCGGCUAGAAGCCACCGAACGGCUGGGAGCUGUCGUGGUCUUUGGAGUGGCGCAGUUUAUUCUGGGUGCUGCAUCAACAAGUCUUAUUAUUCUUGGCUUACCUUUUAUACACGACAACGUCUCAGCAGACGAUGCUCCCAUUUAUUUUGCUAUCUCGUUUUUCGGAAGGAUAUUUGGACCGAUGCUUGGCUUCGGACUGGGAGCCAUAUGCAACAGCAUCUUUCUGGAUGGAUCAAAGCCGAAUUUUGCUCCCACGGAUCCUAGAUGGAUUUCCGCGUGGUAUUUGGGCAUUUUGAUCACUGGAGGUGCGAUGAUCAUUUUCUCCUUUUUCAUCGGUUAUUUUCCGCCUCGCAUAUCACAAAAGGAUUGUGAUGAUGUUAAGGAUGCCGAAACUGGAUCAACAUCAACAGGAAUUUCCCACACAGCUUGCGAUGCCAACGCUUCGUGGAAAUAUUUUUUCGGUGACCUUCACCGGCUAGUUAUCAAUAUUCCGUUUAUGUGCCGAGCAUUUAGUAACGUGCUGGAUGGAAUGAUAAUAACAGGUUUCCUAAGCUUUUUCUUCAAGUUUAUUGCGCAACAGUAUCAGCUUACACCUUCCGUUGCCAGCCUAGCAGGAGGGGUACCAACUAUAUUUGGAAUUGCACUUGGUGUAGUGUUGGGGGGAUUGUGGAUAAAAAAAUUUCAUCUACAGCCGCGGCAUGUCUGCUUAAUGCUGGUGUUGUCAGCUCUCCUGCUAUGUGUUGUGGUGCUGGUUAAUGUUGCACUGGGCUGCGAACGAACGGAAGUACUGGGAUUAACCGGCUCCGAGACACUCUAUUCUUCGUACAAAGGAUACAAUGUGCACUUCAAUGGCACAUAUUGCGAUUUAUCCAGCCAGUGUGAUUGCCUUGAUAGCCAGUUUAUUCCCGUGUGUGACACCAAAAGUGGCGUCAACUUCUUCUCUCCGUGUCAUGCCGGAUGUAGUUCCAGAAAGAUCGUCGGAGAGAAAGUUUAUUACGACAAUUGUACCUGUGUGGAAAACUCCAUGUGGUUCUACGAUGACAUCGAAAACGAUAUGUUAAACGGCCGUUUGGUUGGAGGAUUUUGUGAAAAACACUGCCCACUGGUAUAUGUGUUCGUUGUGACAUUUUUCAUCGCCAUGUUCUGCCUGGGACUUCCUUUAUCCGGCAGCAUUAUGAUUCAGUAUCGACUGGUCUCAUCGGACCUGAAAGCCAUGUCCACCGGCUUAAUAUCUCUUCUUACAUCUGCUUUUGGAUAUUUACCAGCUCCGAUUUUCGUCGGAGCGGUUGUAGACUCCACUUGUCGUUUGUGGGAAAAAACAAGCUGCGGCGAGCAUAAAUUUUGUCAACUGUACGACACGGACCAAUUUCGAUGGCGGUUUUUGCUAACUGCUGCGUGCAUAAAAGCCGUCGGUGCAAUACUGGACAGCAUUGUCACCUGGAAAAUGUGGGAUGUAGAGUUUUUGGACUGCAGCCGGCCAGAAACAGUAUCAGUAACAUCCAGUCCGGCAACGUCCGUGUCAUCCCUUGGGUCGCUGACAAGUUCUCCUUCCAAGCCGGAUCUUGCUCAGAGUAUGUCGGAAUCGCCGGGGCCUUCCCUCCAUUUCGAAUAUGCGAUUAACAGAAAUGAAGUAGUGGAAAGCAGAAUCUAACUGCUGAUGAGGCUAUGCGUCCUUUUAAGCUCACUGUGAUAAUUUUUGUCUUUCGUUUCUUGUCAAUUGGUUGGAAUGGAAUUUGUUUAUCGUCUUCUAAAAGUAAUACAUUUAUAUGUGCUAUACGUAUUGCUAGAAGAUGAAUGAUACCGAGGUAGAUGCAAUGAUCGUCAUUGCUCAUUUUAUAUUAUUGUUGUUUGCUGCUUGGGCAUAGACAUUUUCUGCGAAUUUUUGCAGGAGGUAAUUAAUUACCUAUAUCAUGUUAUUCUAACUUUGUUAUCCAUUUUUGUUGUAUUAAACUAGUACAGACUGUACGUUGAAUCAAGAUAACGAAAAACCUGGUUUGGUUAGCUGU